AUGUUGUCCCAAACCAUGUUGAACACGGGCUCGUUCUGCGCGAUGUUGGGGAGCCCCCGCAGGUCGCCGUCGUCGUCCUGUGGGGACGAGACGUGGAUGAGCCAGGCGAUGUCCUCGAGCGCGGUGUCGAGCAGGGCGAGGGUGAGCGGGAGCCCGGACAUCGGGUUGAGCGUGAAGAAGCGGCGGAGGCGGGAGUGGCUCUGGAAGCAGCGCGCGGCCAUGCCUGCGGCCUUGUGGAGCGCCCGCUCCGUGUCGGCCAUGACGCGUGGCGGGGCGCUCGUACAGCUCGACCCGCGCCGCAUGCCGCCUGCCUCCUGCCGCAGGAGCUCGGCGAGCUUCAUGGCGCGGGACCGUAGCUCCGUGCAGUCUGCCAUGAGGCACUGCCAGCCCGCCUGCUGCGCCACCUGGUCCGCGAGCUGGAUGGGCUUGGCCAGCAUCGCCUUUGAUCCCUCCCCCAUCGUCGUCGCUCGGGGUUGCAGGCGGAUUUUGGGCGAAGAGCGUGCUGUGUCUGGGCAAUCGGCAGGAUAUGUCGAUCACCCCCCACGAACUGAACUUUAA